CAAAGGAUCACAUAUUUUCUUGUGGCUCUAUUGUUCCGUUGAAUUUCAAUGAACUUUUCUUUCGCACGCAGGAAGAAAUAGAUUAGCUUUACCCUGGCAGAGGCAAUCCGAAAAUGUCGUCCCCGAGCGCCGGCAAACGCCGCAUGGAUACGGAUGUUAUUAAGCUCAUCGAAAGCAAGCACGAGGUGACGAUUCUGGGAGGGUUGAAUGAAUUUUGUGUGAAAUUCAGCGGUCCUCGGGAGACACCAUACGAGGGCGGCGUUUGGAAAGUGCGCGUCGAUCUGCCCGACCAGUAUCCAUUUAAAUCGCCCAGCAUUGGGUUUAUGAACAAAAUCUUCCAUCCAAACAUCGACGAAGCUUCGGGAACGGUUUGCUUGGACGUGAUCAACCAGGCUUGGACAGCGCUCUACGAUCUGUCGAAUAUUUUCGAAUCCUUUCUGCCACAGUUGCUCGCCUACCCGAACCCAGUUGAUCCCCUGAAUGUAGACGCGGCCACGAUGUAUCUACAUAAACCGGAGGAAUACCGGAACAAAGUAGCUGACUAUGUGCGGCGGUACGCGACAGAAGGCGCACUUCGUGAGCAAGAACAACAGGACCAGUCCGACGGUUCCGACAGUGAAAGUAGUAUGUCUGACUUCAGCGAGAAUGAGGCGCAGGAUAUGGAACUGUAAGGUGAAGCGGCGCUGCAGGAUGUUUAAUAAUUUGUAGCUUGAUCAGCUGGUCUUCCUACUCGUCAUCUCAUACGGCGGGCGCUCAUUCAAGGACAGACCGGACAAAACCGAAGAAAUCCGUUACAAAACGGCUGCAAAAGGCGUUCUUUAUUAAGAUGGAUUAAACAUGCUAAAAAUUUAAAUAGCAAGAUACUCAAUAAAAAGAAAU